AUCUUUUAGAAAAGCUGUCUUAAACCUCAGUCCCCAAAAAUGAAAAACAUGAGUAAUUUUGGAUUCUUAAACCCUCCCUCGCCAACGCUUACACUUCAAAUAUAACACCAAAUAUUAUUACACAGCAAUUUUGUGUUGAUUUGAGAUGCAGAUUGUUCGGCGGCUCUCCGUUACUGUAUCCAAACAAGUAGUUGGAGAUGCUGCGAAUUCAGUUCGUGGAUCGAAGACUCAGUGCCGGUGGAGGUCGUUUGCGGCCCCUGUUCCGUCUGAUUCAGCGGCAGAUAGAAGGAAACAGAAAAAAGUAUCAACGGAAGAAAGGAUAGCAAUGGUGAAAGAUUUUGUUAACAAAUAUAGAGCCAUGAAUGGUGGAAAAUUUCCACCUGCUUAUGCGGCAAUGAAAGAAGUUGGUGGUGGGUAUUACAAUGUCAAGAAGAUUGUCCAAGAAAUGCAAUACAAUGCUAAAAUGCCAGUAGAUAAAGACUCUGUGGUUAAAGAAGUUUCCGCUAGAAAAGCUGCAAUUAGGAAGGAUAAGAGCAACGAGGUAAAGCUGCAAUUAAGCAGUGCAACAUGUCUCGAACAUGAAUGUGAGGAUACUAGUAGCAUCGGUGAGGCAGAGGCAAAGCUACAAACUCCAAUUGCAGCAGAGCAGAUGUUGUUGCAUGAGAUAUCAAGAAUUUCUGGAAGUGAUAAUAAAGAUGCUGCUGCACAAGUUCUUGGAGCGGAGGUAAAAUCUAUUUCACAUUCCAAGGAACCUUUACCUGAGAAUAACAUAAAACAGAAAAACUCCCCUAUGGAAGAUUUCAAAUUUGAUGGCCGAAAGCAGAUGGAUGAGCAAAGACAUUCACCUGAACCCGAAAAGCCUACAAGGAAAUUAUCGAAUGAGCGCAAGGCUGAUAUACAAGCUGAAAGCAAACCAUCCCUGUGGAAAAAUAUGAAAUCUUUUGCAGAUGGAAUCCUCAACAUGUGGUGGAAACAGUAAAUUAGCCCCCAGGUGGUCUCUAGUUUAUGAAUUUUUCCAUUUAGAUAUGAUACUGUUUUUAUCAUCUCCUACUGUAGCUAAGAGUUCUGUAUUGAUGGCUUCCUCCAAAGUGGACUUUUGGGUUCUGCAGAGUUAUCGAAAAACAAGGAGAUGGACUGCAUUUAUGUCAACAUGAGAGAUCUUGUUAGUAUAAUGUUAUGCAGGCAUGUCUGUGCGAUGAAUAAACGAUCGCUAGUGAGAGAACUUGAUGAUGAAGCAUUAUUGUUUUGAAGCAGUUCUUUUCUCUUUACAAGAUAGGUAGGAGAGAAUUGCUGUAUUAGAUGAGCUGCAUUGGAUAUAAAAUGGUUUAUAUAGGAGAUGGUGUAAUUCUAUCCUCACUGGAGAUGCAUGUUCAUGUAAAUAUCUUUUAAACAAUCUAACCAUUUUUAUUUGUUCCUCUUAUUCCUUGA